UGAUGCAGGCCAAGACCUACUCGUUCCCACAACGGCCCACAACUCAUAAGGCCACAAGACCACAAGGCACAACCGCAUAAGCCAUAAAGUAACAAAAUUUCCCACCAUUGGCUCUCCCUCCGCUCUCUCGACCAUCGGCUAAGCUAGCUGACCAAUAUCAGUGCCAAGUUCUACUCACGUAUCAUCCUCUGGGACUAAUAAUCUAAUUAUCAUCACCACUGCUGCCAGAGAGAGACGAAAAUGAACAAGAAGAAGAUAUUUAAACUUGCUAAGGGUUUUCAAGGCAGAGCAAAAAAUUGUAUAAGGAUAGCAAGAGAGAGAGUGGAGAAGGCACUUCAGUACUCUUAUAGAGAUCGCCGAACCAAGAAGCGUGAUAUGCGCUCUCUUUGGAUUGAACGCAUCAAUGCCGGUACCCGUCAACAUGGCGUAAAUUAUGGUAACUUCAUGUGUGGGCUGAUGAAGGAGAAUAUUCAGUUAAACAGAAAGGUAUUGUCUGAACUUGCGAUGCACGAGCCUUAUAGUUUCAAAGCACUAGUGGAUGUAUCGGGCAAUGCUUUCCCAGGAAACAAAAUAGAACCCAAAAAGGUAGGCCUUGCUACAGUUCUAUGAUGGGCGUGGUCUGCUCACUGCUGGUAUCUGAGAUCUCUCCACUCUCUGUUUCGACCUGCUUUAUUGAUCUUAAAUUAUUUGAACUCGACAUCUUUGCUCUUGUUUUGUUUAUCUUAGAAUAGAACUAUGUAGGAUUUGGGUUUCUGCAAUAAAUCAGAGCUCUUUUUUUAUUCUUCUGAUAAUUUUUUGUUUGGUUUAUA